AUUUGGAGAGCACGUCUGUUUCGAAAGCAGCCGCAUUUGUGUUUAAAUAGUUUUCGACGUUUCAUUUCAUGGCGUCAAUACGCGACGGCAGUAAAUGGAACGGUCUGCAAGGCAAGAGUCCGUUACCACCGAUCAGAAGCAGUAGAGGUGGUCAGAAGCAGCGAGGAUACUAUUCAGAUAUAAUAAACGAGGGAGCAAGACACGAACUCGGCGACGUUCAUCGGGGACCGAAGACAAAGCACAGUACAGUGUGGAGAGCUACUAAGGACAAAUACACGCCUUCAGUGACGACGUUUAAACCUCCUUCUAAUGUCACUGAGAUUAUACAACGACAAAAACAUGGACCAACGACAGCACUGACAACGAAAUCUGAGUUUCUUCAACGAUCAUGGGAACCCAAAGUUCAAAUGCCAUUUAAAACUGAUCCUGGCAAGACUCCACGCAAGAUAGAAAUAGAGAGACGUAAACGCAGUUUCUUCAAGAAAGACCUUGAUUCUCUUAUCUCUGAACGAGGCAUCAACAGUGACGAGCUCAUUCCAUUGGAUGAGUUCAAAAUACAAAAACUACUAACAGCAGAGAAGGAUCAUGGAGUGAGCACGGCCUUUCCUCCUUUCUUGCCCAUUGAAAUAUUUGAUGACACGGAGUAUGAUCCGAGGACAUCUGAUGACUGGCUGAUGUUAACAUGUGGAGACAAUGGAGAGAAGAAACCAGUUCCUGGAAAGGCAUUGUUGCCUGUUGUGAAGAAGUCUCGAAACGAUGUGAACAUUGAUAAAGAAACAACAGAUUCUGUUGUCUCUAUAAAACAUCAAAUCAUCCACGGUGGACCGUUUAAUCCUUCAGCAUCAAUCGCUUCACUAAACACAGACAAUCAGGAGAAAAGAUACGAAUGGACAGAAGUAGGGAUGUUAGACUAUGAUAAAACGAAACAAGUGUAUCUCGUCAAGAGAAUGGCAUGGCCAAACAAGACAAAACAAGAAAACACACCAGACGACGUCGUCUCUUCAAACAAUCUCAAGACAUUCAAUCUUAAAAGUGGUUGCACAGGAGACCGUAUUCAUUACUGGAUUCCUCGCAUUCGUCUCAUGUUUGCAGCAGAGGAGCCGGUCAACUUUGCCAAUCGUGUUGAGAAUGCUUACCGUUCACGUGCAACGACCGAAGCCCUUCUCAGAUAUCAUCUCUACAUUGACUGCAUGCCGACAAAUGGAGUGGAAGAAUUAGAUCGAGAUACGAUCAAACGAAUCGCCAACUCAGCCUGCAGCACACCAAAACUCAAACAGUCAUCCAUUGCAAGAGAUUAUGUGCAAGUGCUGUCUCGUGAAGUGAAUCUUGAGUACAUGAGAGCAAUGAAUAAAUUAACGUUUGAUGAGACAGUUGCGUCCAUGCCAGAGGCUUUUCCGUAUGUCACACUUCCUGAGAAGGUAGAAGAGAAGGUGAAACAGACAGCUCGUCACAGUGACGUUCCAGACUACCCGUUUAUUCAGCAAUAUAAUGGGCUCUUCUUUCGCACCCUACUGACUCGAGCCGAAGUGAUCAAGUCAUUAGUGGAAGUCAGAGGCGACUGCAAUAAAGUGAUUGACAUGUCACUGUUUAACAGCAAUGUAACGAAAAUGCUUCGACUUGACGAGUUUGAGCAGAUGCAGACACAGUGUUGCGUCCAAGUGCAGACGUACUGCAAAGAGAAUUGGCUGAACUCUCUCAAACAGAGCGUCAGAUUUUGUCUACGAGAUGUUGGGAAGGGAUGGUUCAACAUGGAGGAGAAGAACUGGGAAGUCUACCUCAACAGCAAACUGAGAAAAUUUAUGGCAAUGAUCAAAUACAUGAUGGAGGAUGCUUUGCGUUCAUUGGCUUUAGAUUCUCUCCACGCGUUCACUCAAAUGAUCUUCGACUCUGCGUGCAACGUGAUGGGCUGCAUGCCUGACAUGGAGUGGAAUACCGACCUUAGACACAGUCCAUACAAGCCUAAACGCUUAUCGUUGUUUCUUCUUGAUCUUGUAAUAACUGACAGUUCUGUGCACUACAGCACUCCGUUGGACAAGUUUGAGACAGCUUUGGUGGGCUUGUUUGACAAAGGGAUAGAAGCAACAAAAAGCAUUCCUCAACUAGAAGGCCUUGUAAUGGAAUAUCUUUUCUGGACUGGGAAGCCUCUGUUGGAUUCUCUUGGAGCACAUGAACCUACUGUUGAAGAUUUAAGAGACAGUAUGAGACACGCAAUCAGGCAGUCUCUCAUUCCGCUUGCAGCGUACGCAAGACAAUAUGAGAAAUACAUCAGUCUUGCAGGUCUAGACAUUCAAGAAUAUCUCAAGAAGUUUGAUGAAUCUGUCAGUGAUUCGGAAGAAGAAGAGGAUGAGUCUUCAGGCAUUACAGCAGCUGAUAUUAAAGCUGAUAUAGACGAACAUUUGGCUGCUAAGGCACAACUAGAGAAAGAGAUUCCAUCACACGUUGCUAUUGGUCCAUUCUACGUGAGCUGUGAAACAGUGAGAGCCGUUCUAAGUAAGAAACGACAAGAACUGGCGAAAGCUGUACUGCAAAUGUUGGCUAAGAAGCUGAGGAAACAGGCUGAUGAUGCAUGUGAACAUUUUCAAACGUCAUCUCAGCGUUUGUUUGAAAGACCCAACAGUAUAGAAGAUCUUGUAGAGCAAAGAGAAUACAUGAAAACCAUCCCUGACAUGCUGAGGAAGUUUAGGGAAACUGCUGAGAAGACGGAUGUUGACUAUGGCCUCAUUGAACAAUUCUAUUACAAUACAUCAGCAGAAGACUUUGAUGCAAGAUGGACAAUGAUCAGGUGGCCCAUGAAGCUUGAACAGCAGAUUGAAACCGUGACAGAACUAUUGAACAAAGACGAGGAGAGAUUUAGAAAGAACCAGCAGGCAGAUCAGACGAACUUUGAAGACAAACUUGACUCUCUACAGAUGACAGUUGCUGGUUUUAGCUCUCACAACGACAUUAAACGGGCACAGGAAGUGAGCGUAGAGACAAGAAGAGUUGUCAAGCAGCUUAAAGAGUGUCAGACCGUCGCUCAGCUUUACAACCAACGAGAACGUCUAUUUGGCAUGCCAGUCACUCAGUAUGACAAAGUGGGCAAGCUCACUCGAGACUUCGAGCCUUACAAGAACUUGUGGCUGACAACUGCAGAUUGGGCUCGUUGGCAAGAAACAUGGAUGAAAGACUCUCUAACCAGCAUUGAUCCAGAACAACUGGAAUCUAACUUGUCUAAUGCCUAUAAAACAAUCCACAAGUGUUUAAAGCAUUUCAAGGACGUGACUGGAUGUUUGGAUGUUGCAGCUGAUGUGAAGAGACAAAUUGAGGCGUUCAAACCGUAUGUACCGCUUGUGCAAGGAUUAAGGAAUCCAGGAAUGAGACAAAGACACUGGGAGCAGCUGUCACAAGAGCUGGGAUUUCCUGUGGUUCCUAAGGCUACUUUGACUCUUGCCAAGUGUCUUGAGCGUAAGAUGGAUGAGCAUAUUGAAGUGAUAUCUAAAGUGGCAGAGGUGGCAGGAAAAGAGUUUAGCAUUGAACAAGCACUCGACAAGAUGGAAAAAGAAUGGGCACCGGUUCAAAUGGAAGUGAAGUCAUACAAAGAGACUGGCACAUUCAUUGUCAAGAUUAGUGACGAGUGUACACAGCUGCUGGAUGAUCACAUUGUGAUGGCGCAGUCCAUGUCUUUCUCUCCAUACAAGAAGCCGUUUGAGCAACGAAUCCAGUUAUGGGAGCAGAAGCUACGAAUGACACAAGAUGUGUUAGAUGAGUGGGUCACAUGCCAGAGGUCAUGGCUCUAUCUAGAACCAGUUUUUAGUUCUCCUGACAUUAUAACGCAACUUCCUAUAGAAACAAAACGUUACCAAACAAUGGACAGGAUUUGGCGUCGUGUGAUGAACAAUGCAAAGAACGUUCCAAUUGUCAUACAACUCUGUCCUGACGCUCGUCUUCUUGAGAAUCUGAAGGAAUGCAACAAGCUGCUGGAGCAAGUACAGAAGGGAUUGAGCGACUAUUUGGAGUCAAAACGAGCCGUCUUUCCAAGAUUCUACUUCUUGUCUGAUGACGAGCUGUUGGAAAUUCUCUCACAGACGAAGGAUCCAACGGCUGUCCAGCCACACUUGAGGAAAUGCUUUGAGAACAUUGCAAGGUUAAAGUUUGAAGAAGAUCUGAAGAUCGUCCACAUGUCAUCAGCAGAGGGUGAAGUUGUGCCGUUUACCGAGGAGCUUUACCCAGAAGGAAACGUCGAGAACUGGUUGCUAGAAGUGGAAAGAGUGAUGAUGACAAGCCUCAAGACCAUCAUCCGUAACUCACUGGAAGAAUACAAGGAAAUACCACGAACAGAGUGGGUGCUGAAAUGGCCUGGACAAGUUGUGAUAGCAGGAUGUCAGACAUACUGGACAAGUCAGGUAACAGAAGCUAUUGCUGAAGACAAGCUCAAUCAACUGUAUGAGGUGCUUCUCUCUCAACUUGGAGAUUUAGUUCAACUCGUGCGUGGCAACUUAUCAAAGAUCAGUCGAAUGAUCAUGUCGGCUCUUAUUGUCAUUGAAGUUCAUGCCAGAGACGUCAUAGCCAAGAUGCUAGAAGAGGAAGUGAAAAACAUCAACGACUUUGAGUGGAUAUCUCAACUGAGAUAUUAUUGGGAUGAUGACAUGUUCAUUCGUGCUGUGAAUGCCGAGUUUCUGUACGGUUAUGAGUAUCUUGGUAAUACGGGCCGAUUGGUGGUGACUCCUCUAACUGAUCGUUGUUAUCUCACGUUGACGGGUGCACUACACUUGAGGUUUGGUGGUGCGCCUGCUGGACCAGCAGGAACAGGCAAAACAGAAACUGUGAAGGAUCUUGCCAAGGCAAUGGCUCGUCAGUGUGUUGUCUUCAACUGUUCUGAUCAGCUCGAUUUCAUGGCAAUGGGCAAGUUCUUUAAAGGUCUAGCCAGUGCAGGAGCUUGGGCAUGUUUUGAUGAAUUCAACAGAAUUGACAUUGAAGUGCUGUCUGUCAUUGCACAACAGAUCACUACAAUACAGAAAGCACAACAGCAAAUGCUCGAUCGUUUCAUAUUCGAAGGUGUUGAAAUCGCACUGAAACGUUCGUGUGCUGUGUUUAUCACCAUGAAUCCUGGAUAUGCCGGACGGACGGAGCUGCCAGACAACUUGAAAGCUUUGUUUCGUCCGGUUGCCAUGAUGGUGCCUGACUAUGCUAUGAUUGCUGAAAUAAUGCUUUUUUCCUUUGGUUUCUCUGAUGCCAAAGUUCAAGCAAAGAAGAUUGUGACGACUUUCAAGUUGUCGUCUGAACAGUUAAGCUCACAGGAUCAUUACGACUUUGGUAUGCGUGCUGUCAAGACGGUUAUAUCCGCUGCUGGAAAUCUGAAGAGAGAACAUGCAGAUAUGGAUGAGGAAUUGAUUGUUCUUCGUGCCAUACGUGAUGUCAAUGUCCCCAAGUUUUUGCAAGACGAUCUCAAGUUAUUUAAUGGUAUCGUGUCUGAUCUGUUUCCUCACGUUCGUGAUCAGCCGAUUGACUAUGGAGCGAUGGAGGAGGAGAUACGGUCUGUGUGCCACAAACGGGGACUACAGGAUGUCAAAGACUUUGUGGUUAAAUGCAUUCAGUUGUAUGAAACAACAGUAGUGAGACACGGUCUCAUGUUAGUUGGACCAACAGGAUCAGGAAAAUCAUGCAGCUAUAAAGUGCUGAAAGACGCUAUGACAGCUUUGAAGGGUCAGAAGUCUCCUGGAGGCGGUCAGUUUGAAGAAGUUCACACACAUGUGCUGAACCCGAAGGCGAUCACAAUGGGCCAGUUGUACGGCGAGUUUGAUCUGUUAACACACGAAUGGACAGACGGCAUUCUUCCUACUCUCGUACGUCAAGGCGUCGCCUUCACAACCGAAGACUUUCAUUGGUAUAUCUUUGACGGACCUGUGGACGCAGUUUGGAUCGAGAACAUGAACACAGUGCUGGAUGACAACAAGAAGCUUUGCCUCACAAGUGGAGAAAUCAUCAAACUUACUGAUCCGAUGCGUAUGAUAUUUGAAGUUCAAGACUUGGCCGUUGCCUCUCCUGCUACGGUCAGUCGUUGUGGUAUGGUUUACUUGGAGCCCAGUAUUCUUGGCUUGGAUCCAUUCGUUCACUGCUGGUUGAAGACAAUACCGGAAGCUAUUAAACCCAAUCGAGACACUCUCAAGUCAUUAUUCACAGCAUUCCUUGAGCCAUCAAUUGAGUUUGUACGAGCUAACUGUAAGGAAAUUACACCAACGAUGGAUAGCAACUUGACGUUUAGUACACUCAGUAUCCUCGACUGUUUCUUUGAGCCAUUUGUUCCUCGUGAGGGUGAACCACCACUUGCAUCAGACAAGCUGGCAGCUAUUCCAAAGCUGCUAGAGCCUUGGUUUAUAUUUGCGAUUAUCUGGGCUGUAGGAGGUAAUUGUGAAGCUAAAGGCAGAGAGGCAUUUGAUCAGUUUAUGAGGAAGAAGAUGGUUGAGGAAAAGAUAAAAAUGCGUUUUCCAGAUGAAGGCCUCGUGUACGAUUAUUGUCUUGAAGACGGUGGGGCCAGCAAUACUCGUGGAAAAGGAGAUGAUGACGAGGAAGAAACAUCCGAGAAAAAACAACAAAUCGGUUGGGUCGGCUGGAUGACUUUACUGCCCAACUUCACAGUUGAUCUUACCACAACGAGAUACUCAGACGUGAUGGUACCAACGAUGGACACAGUUCGGUCAUCAUAUAUCAUGGAAUUGCUGGUCACACACAAGAAACAGGUGAUGUGUGUUGGUCCUACUGGCACGGGCAAGAGUCUAACAAUCAGCGACAAGCUGCUGAAGAAAAUGCCAAAGGAAUAUCUUAGUCACUUUGUGACAUUCUCCGCUCGUACAAGUGCCAAUCAAACACAAGACAUCAUCGAUUCAAAGCUUGACAAACGCAGAAAGGGCGUAUUUGGUCCUCCACUUGGCAAGAAGUUUGUCAUCUUUGUUGAUGAUCUAAACAUGCCAGCAUUAGAAAUCUAUGGUGCCCAACCUCCCAUAGAAUUGCUACGGCAAUGGAUGGACCAUGGAGGUUGGUAUGAUCGCAAGGUGGUCGGUCAGUUUCGGCGUCUCGUCGACAUUGCGUUUGUGUGUGCGAUGGGUCCUCCUGGUGGAGGAAGGAAUCCAACAACGCCGCGAUUUGCGAGACAUUUUAAUCAUUUGUCAUUUGUUGAGAUGUCUGCCAUCAGCAAGAAGACGAUAUUUGGUUCCAUUAUUUCAUCAUGGCUGUCUUCUUUUAAUGAUGGAGAUGCAAAUCUGACUGCGUGUGUUGUGGGUGCAACAAUUGGUGUGUACAAUACACUCACUUCUCAACUUCUUCCAACUCCCACCAAGUCCCACUACACGUUCAAUCUAAGAGAUUUGUCCAAAGUGUUUCAGGGUAUGACCAUGUGCCCCAUCAACAAGAUCAAAGACGCUCCCAGUUUGUGGAGGUUGUGGUACCACGAGAGCUGUCGCGUUUUUCAAGAUCGUCUGGUCAACAACGAGGAUCGUCAUUGGUUUACUGAGUUAGCCAAGAGCAAACUGGAGGAGAACAGUGUGGAAAUCAAAGAAGUGCUGAAACAUGAUCAACCGUUUUAUGGAGAUUUUAUGAUACCAGGAGCUGAGAAUAAGGUUUACUGUGAGAUCGAGGAUCAGGCUAAACUCGUCAGUCAAUGUGAAGAAUAUCUAGAAGACUACAACGUUACAAGCACGGCACAAAUGAAGCUCGUCCUCUUUCUCGACGCCAUCCAGCACGUCACUCGUAUCAGUCGAAUCAUUCGUCAACCGUUAGGCAAUGCACUCCUACUCGGCGUCGGCGGCAGCGGCCGCCAAAGUCUCACACGACUCGCCUCUCACAUGGCCGAAUACGACUGUAUACAGAUAGAACUCUCAAAGAAUUAUGGAAUAACAGAAUGGAGGGAUGACUUACGACGUGUGAUGACAAAGGCAGGUCUGGAAGACAAACCGGUUGUCUUCCUAUUCAGUGACACGCAGAUCAAGAGUGAGUCGUUCCUUGAAGACAUCAAUAACAUUCUGAACUCUGGAGACGUUCCUAAUAUUUAUGGAUUCGAUGACUUGGAGAAUAUUUAUAAUGCAAUGAAGCCGGUCGUUCAAGAUGCGGGACUGCAGCCGACGAAGGGCAAUCUGUACUCAGCAUACACCAAGCGAGUCAGAUCUAACAUUCAUGUUGUUAUAUGUAUGAGUCCUAUUGGUGAGGUUUUCCGUGCUCGUUUGCGGCAGUUUCCAUCUUUAGUCAACUGCUGUACAAUUGACUGGUUCUCUGAAUGGCCUGAAGAAGCACUUCAGUCUGUGGCAUCCACCUUUUUGCAUGAGAUAACCGACCUAGAUGAAGGAACACCAAUGCAGGGCUUGGUAAACAUGUGUGUUGAAAUACAUCAGUCAGUAUCCAAAAUGUCAAAGCGUUAUUUGGCUGAAUGGUCACGUCACAACUACGUCACACCGACCAGCUACUUGGAGCUGCUGGGAACAUUCCAAAAACUCAUCAAACUGAAAAAGACGGAAAUCAGUCAGUUGAGAUCAAGGACAAAAAUGGGUCUUGACAAGCUGUUAAGCACUGCAGAAGAGGUAAGCAAGUUGCAGGAAGAUCUUGAGACAAUGAGACCAAUGUUAGAGCAAGCACAAGUGGAAACCGAACAGACAAUGGAGCAGAUCCAGAAAGACUCGGUGAUUGCUAAUGAGACGAAGGAAAAAGUGCAGAUAGAAGAGAUAGAGGCAACUAAGAAGGCAGAAGAGACAUCAGAAAUGGCUGCAGAGGCACAGAGAGAUUUAGAUGAGGCUUUACCAGCACUGGAUGCAGCUGUUGCAAGUCUCAAAUCACUAAACAAGAGUGAUGUAACUGAGAUUCGUGGCUUUAAUCAUCCACCCAAUGGUGUCCGUCUUGUUAUUGAAGCCGUCUGCAUUAUGAAAGAGGUGAAGCCUAAGAAAGUAAUGGGAGAGAAGAACAUAAAGGUUGACGACUACUGGGAGCCGGGAAAGCUAUUGGUGCAGGAUCCCGCAAAGUUCCUUGACGGUCUCUUCAAAUACGACAAAGAUCACAUUCCUGAGCAUGUCAUUCAGAAGAUUUCAAAAUACAUUGAUGAUGAAGGGUUUACUCCAGUUGCUAUUUCCAAAGUGUCAUACGCUUGUACGUCUAUAUGCUCGUGGGUGAGAGCGAUGUACAAGUAUCACCACGUGGCAAAAUCCGUUGCUCCCAAGAAGUUAAGACUUGCUGAAGCUCAAAAAGACCUUGACAUGACAACGAAGCUUCUGAAUACGGCUAAAGAGCGUCUGCAAGAAGUAGAAGAAGGAAUAGCAUCACUGCAACAGAAAUAUGAAGAGUGCAUGGCCAAGAAGGAGGAACUACGAGAGAAAUGUGACCUUUGCAGUGCACGACUUGGAAGAGCUGAACAGUUGAUUGGUGGUUUGGCUGAUGAGAAAGUUCGCUGGGCAGAAUCUGUGUCUCUGUUUGAUGCGCAGUUGACAAGUAUUGUUGGUGAUGUGUUGGUGUCUGCUGGUUCAGUUGCAUACCUUGGACCAUUUACUGGUGAUUUUCGUAAUGAGCUCAUCUCAGACUGGAUGAAAAAGCUUUCAUCAUAUCAAGUUCAACACGACUCUAAUGCUUCUCUUGUUCGCACUCUUGGUGAUCCUGUUAAGAUCCGCAUGUGGCAGAUAGCGGGUCUACCACGAGAUUCCCUCAGUGUUGAGAAUGGAGUUAUUGUCCACUUUUCUCGUCGCUGGCCGCUCUUUAUUGACCCACAAAGUCAGGCAAACAAGUGGAUUAAAUCUUUAGAGAAAGACAAUGGUUUGGAUGUUGUGAAACUAACUGAUCGUGACUUCUUACGAAGUCUAGAAAACGCUGUUCGAUUUGGAAAGCCUUGUCUUCUGGAAAAUGUUGGAGAAGAGCUAGAUCCAGCAUUAGAGCCAAUUCUUUUGAAGCAAACAUUCAAACAAGCAGGAUCAAUGGUCAUCAAGUUAGGAGACACAACAAUUCCUUAUCAUGAUGAUUUUAAACUGUACAUUACAAGUAAACUUCCUAACCCACAUUAUACACCUGAGGUGUCAGCAAAAGUUACUAUUGUAAACUUCACUCUCUCACCAAGUGGAUUGGAAGACCAGCUGCUGGCUCUUGUUGUUGCAGAAGAGAGACCAGAUCUUGAGGAAGCAAAAAAUCACUUGAUCAUCUCGAAUGCAAGAAUGAAGCAGGAACUGAAAGAGAUUGAGGAUAAAAUAUUGGAAAAGUUGUCUGUCUCAGAAGGCUCACCUGUGGAUGAUAUCGAUUUGAUUGAUACACUAGAAAAGUCAAAAGUAAAAUCAGAGGAGAUCAAAGCUAAGGUGAUGGUAGCUGAAAAGACAGAGACGGACAUUGACAUAACACGAAGUCUCUACAUUCCUGUGGCCGUCAGGACACAGAUAUUGUUCUUUUGUGUGACUGACUUGGCAAGCAUUGAUCCAAUGUAUCAGUACUCACUUGAAUGGUUUAUCAACAUAUUUCUGAACAGCAUUGCUAAUGCAGCCUCAUCAGAUGUUGUUGAAGAACGUAUCACAAGCAUCAAUGAUUAUUUUACGUUCAGCUUGUACAGCAAUGUUUGUCGGUCGUUGUUUGAAAAGCACAAGCUACUUUUCUCCUUCUUGCUUUGCGUUCGAAUUUUAAUGAACGACAAUCAGAUAGACUUGAAUGAAUAUCGUCAUCUCAUCGCAGGUGGCACCACAGCUUCCAAAACUCUUCCAAAUCCGUCACCUGAAUGGCUCUCUGAUCGUUCCUGGACAGAAAUCCUAACUCUGCCAUGUCUUCCUGCAUUUGUGACAUUCGCAGAAGACUUUGGUAAAGACCUUGAAGGAUUCAAAUGUAUCUUUGACAGCGAAGAGCCUCAUAGGGAACCUCUUCCCGGUCAAUGGAAUGAAUCUCUGAGCAAGUUUCAACAAUUACUUGUUCUUCGUUGUUUGAGGGCAGACAAAGUGACGAAUGCCAUGCAAGACUUUGUGUCUAAAAGACUAGGCCAACGCUUCAUUGAACCACAGACUGCAGACCUUCUACUUGCCUACAAGGAUUCAUCUCCAAUGUGCCCUCUCAUAUUUGUAUUGUCAGUGGGAACUGAUCCUGCAGCUGAUUUGUACAAGUUUGCGGAAGAGAUGAAGUUUUCAAAGAAACUGUCUGCUAUUUCACUCGGUCAAGGGCAAGGUCCGAUUGCUGAAACGAUGAUGAAGAGUGCAAUGGAAAGAGGCAAGUGGAUUUUCUUCCAGAAUUGCCAUUUAGCUCCGAGCUGGAUGCCGUCGCUUGAGAGACUUAUCGAACAGAUUGACAGUGACAAGGUUCAUCGUGACUUCAGAUUGUGGCUGACCAGCAUGCCGAGUCCCAAGUUCCCAGUCGCUAUCCUUCAGAAUGGAUCCAAGAUGACUGUUGAGCCGCCACGUGGAAUCAAGGCAAACCUCCUUCAGUCAUUUUCAAGUUUCAGUGACGAUUUUCUCAACUCAUGCUCAAAACCAACUGUGUUUCGUGCGUUGCUUCUCUCUCUGUGUCUUUUCCAUGGCGUCACACUAGAACGUCGCAAGUUUGGUGCUCUGGGCUUCAACAUUCCGUACGAAUUCACCAUCGGUGACCUACGCAUCUGCAUCAGUCAACUGAAAAUGUUUCUUGACGAAUACAGCGAGGUGCCAUACAAGGUGUUGUCGUAUACUGCUGGUCACAUUAACAUUGGUGGUCGUGUCACUGACGAUUGGGACAGACGCUGCAUCAUGCACGUUCUACAAGAUUAUUACAACCCGGACGUUCUCAACGAGCAACAUAAGUAUUCAGAGUCGGGAGUAUUUCAUCAGCUGCCAGGAAACGCUGAUCAUGCGGCAUACAUGUCAUACAUCAAGACUCUACCAAUCAACGACACACCCGAGAUUUUCUGUCUUCACAACAAUGCAAACAUCACGUUUGCACAAAACGAGACGUUCCGUCUACUACAAGGUCUCGUGCAGCUGCAACCAAAGACAAGCGCAGGCUCAGGAACUUCAAUGGAAGACGUUGUUGAAGACACGUGUAAGUCUAUCCUCGAACGUGUACCAAGCACCGUCACUCUUGAACCGAUUAUGAAGAAAUAUCCAGUCAAGUAUGAAGAGUCGAUGAACACGGUGCUUGUUCAAGAGCUGAUACGAUAUAACAAACUGCUUACUGUCAUUAAUUCGACGCUGCAAGAUCUGAGGAAGGCGUUGAAAGGGUUGGUUGUGAUGUCACAAGAACUGGAGACGAUGGCCAACAGUCUGUACAACAACUCAGUGCCACAGCUGUGGGCAUCAAAGGCGUACCCAUCACUGAAACCCCUUGCAUCUUGGGUAGCAGAUCUAGUCGCUCGUAUGGCCUUCAUCCAGAAGUGGAUUGACAAAGGAAUUCCUUCUGUCUUCUGGAUAUCCGGAUUCUUCUUUCCUCAAGCAUUCUUGACGGGCACACUCCAGAACUACGCAAGGAAGGCGGUGAUCUCCAUCGAUACAAUCACAUUUGACUUCAAUGUGAUGAAGCAGCCAGCAGAAGAGCUGACAGAGAGGCCAGAGAAUGGAUGUUACAUUCAUGGUUUGUACUUGGAGGGAGCACGUUGGGAUGCUGAUGCAAUCGUGUUGGCCGAAUCGAAACCGAAGGAAUUAUACACAGAAAUGCCGGUGAUUCAGUUGGUUCCCAUGGCAAACAGGAAACAGCCGGAGGAUGGGAUGUAUGUGUGUCCGGUUUACAAGACGUUGACACGAGCUGGCACUCUCUCAACCACUGGACAUUCUACAAAUUACGUCAUCGCUAUUGAGGUCCCAUCUGACAAGCCGCAGGAUCACUGGAUCAAGCGAGGAGUCGCCCUUCUUUGUGCUCUCAACUAUUAACACACCAAACGUCAUAAUUCAUUGACAUUAGAGACUCAGUAUCUCAUGAGCAUCAGUAGAUUGCAUGUGAUAUUUUGUGUAUAAACCAUAUUUACUUGUAGCAUUGCUGAGUGACUUCAGUUACCAUCAAUAAAACAUAAUUAGGAAUCAUUCACAUAAUACAAACACGAAAAUACUUGUAACAAA